AUAUAAAUUUUUUUAUCGUGUGAUCCAAUUGAUACCUGAAGCAGUAUUUCGACUAUUUUUGCGCCUUCUCUCGGUCUACACUCCUGUGCACAGAGUGGCGGUAAAAGAAUAGUAAGGCGCCCAAAAAAAUCCACUGAAGAAGUAAAAGCACGACGUGGUGGAAUCCUGACGUCACCGCUCCGUUAGCAUGCAGUUGCUAACAGCUAGCAGCUAGCAGGCUAACACUUAUCCGUUUGCAUCUCCGGUCCUCGGCUUCAUUCGUACCCCGCCAUGGCUGGAGGAGACUGGCGAGGCUUUGCGAUGGAAGAAGCUGAGCUCCUUUCUGGGCGCCUGAAGAACCUGCUGUCCUCCGGCCAAGCGUAUGUCCGCAGCCACCUGGGCUUGGAUUUGGGUCUGGCGCCGGAGCUCUACCCGACCUGGCUCAUGUUGGCGACGGCAGGCAUGGGCGCGCUGCUCCUGCUCGCCGUCUCCUGGGCCGCCAUCUGCGGCGGUGGCGGCGGCGGCAAGAGUAAACGGAGCAUCCGGGUGGUCACCCGGGGCGGCCCGCCCGUCGCUAAGACUCCGGUGACCAAGACGGUUAAACCGGAAGAGACGAAGAAAAGAAACGCCAAGAAAGCGUGGGAGAAGCAGAAGCUUCAGCCCAACGGAAAGCCUGCUGCUGCGUUGGUAGUGCAACAGGAAGUCAAAGUCCCCAAGGUGCUUUCCAAACUGCACCCGCCGUCCACCAAAACCCGGAAGGCGCCCGAAGCACAGCCGCCUGUGCAAUUGAAAAAGGACAAGAAGAAAAGCAAGAUCAGUGUUAAACCAGCACAACAUGUGAUCACGCAUGAUGGGAAAGAACUCGACGAAGGCGCCUGGGAAACCAAGGUCAGUAUCCGUGAGAAGAAGCAGCAGCGACGGAAGGACAAAGGCGCCGACUCCUUCAGUGGCCAAGAAGGGACGCCCGCUGCCCAGAGCCACGUGGAGUCCAACAGCAAUGUGAAGAAGAAAAACAAAGGGGCCAAUGACUCUCAAAACUCAAAAUCAGCCGCCAAAGCCUCAUCCAGCCAAGGAGGCGACGGCGUCAACAGCGGCGGGUGGACCGACUUUUCUGCCAUGGUAACGCCGACUCACAUGGGUUCCACCGAGCCGAACAAGUUUGGUUCUCACUACCACACCCGAGCCGAACCCCGGUCCUGGUCCCAGGAGUCGCAAGGGGGCGCCCAGACAUGGGUGGCCAACAUAAAAUCGGACCAUGACCCGGUCUCUUUGUCCAUGCUGCGCCUGAACGCGACGCCAGAUCCACUGUCCAAGUGGACAGUGGAUCUGCAUUGGACCACCCAUGCUGACGAUGAAUGGGGCGGUACAAAGGGUGCGGACUCCGACUGGAAUGCCCCCGCGGAGCACUGGGGUAAUUACGAAGAGCCCCCUGUGGUGACGAGGCUGCUGACUCAGCUGAAGCAGCGGACUUUGACCAAUAAGGUGUCAGGGGACAGUGACGAUCCAGCAGAGGGCGCCGCUAAGUCCAAGAAGAAGAGAAAAAAGAAGACCGCGAGCAAAGAGGAGGGCAUACCUGAGGCUCAGGCGGUAAACUCGCUACCCAAACCUGAAGAUCUUCCGGUCGCUGCCUCCAAAAAGCCGAGCAUAUCAUCAACCCGGAAGCGACCCGAGAAAAACGCUGGCAACGACGGCGGCGGAAACGGCAAAAAAAGACAAGAAAAAGGCCAGAAGGGAAACGUAGUAGUCACCUGACGACCCGACCCCCUUUUCUGACCUUUUUAUGCAAAUGAUUGUGGAAUUUGUCAAUAUGCAAUAAUGAGCAGCUUCUGUCUGGAUUUUUUUUAAUCCAAUUAUUGAUUAAUAAUAAGACGAAGAUGAUCACUUACUGGGCGACAUGAACUUUAUGGAAUGUGGAGAGGAGGGAGUCUGACGCACUCGAGUCUAAUUUGCACUAUUUUUACUGCACACUGGACUGUGGUUUUUAUCAUUUGAGUAAUUUUAGGUUGCAUUUUUUUUCACUUGUUUACAUUUUGAAUGACUUCCGUGCUGUCUUUGUAAAAAAAAAAUCUGUACUAGUGACUUGGGGACAUUAUUAGCCGUAAAAGUGAAGUCAAUUGAAUUUGCCUUGAGGGAUUAUUGUAUGUCAAUCCACAAGGGGCGCUGUAACGUUAGGUGUGUUUCAAAACUGGAAUCUCGUUUUUAAAUCCAGAGAACUGUGACGGUCGAAAUUAUGAUUUCAAGUUGAAAACUGAAAUUAUCGAACAGCCAUUGCGGGUAGUUGGAAUGUGAAAAAGUAGAUGUAACCUUUUUAGUAUUUCAUAAGUAUGUCAAUAUCAAACAUGAAAUUGACUGUAAAAAUGAUAAAACAACAAUGUGAACCAAAUUAAGAGCCCCCAAAACAACAAUGUGAACCAAAUUAAGAGCCCCCAUGGAGUCCUGGAUUGUCAACAUUAGUUCUUGAAUACCAAUUAAAAUGAAGAGCUACCAGGGGUUAAUAAAUUGCAGAAUCACCAACUGUUUUUUUUUUGUGAUGGAAAAUUAACAAGAUUUCAUCGACCACUACCUUGUGUCAGUGCAGUGCAAUUAAAAAAAAGAUUUGUAUUAUAAAAUGACAAUUGAAUUUAAAACCACUAGGGGGCAGUGUAAUGCCAAAUGAAGUCAAAAGGGAGCACUGUAAAGACACUUUAAAAUGUACCGAACCAUCCGAGCCGCUAUACUGUAAUAUAAAUAAAUAUUGGCAUAUCUCAUUAUCUCGCGUUUCAACUCCAUUUGGAUUCCCGAAGGUUGACCCCGCCCCUUUGUGAAUGGUGACAAUACCUAGCAGGAAAGUUUGAUUCUGAUGAACCUGAACUGGCCACCGAUGUGGUCAAAAGGACGCUCGCUCGCAGCCGUUUGCGGACUUUAUGAUGAUGAUUUUAUUUUUACAUCAUGAUCUGGCUCUAAAGCGGAACAUGAAAAACAAGCAAACCGCGGGAAUUUGAUUCCGUUGCCUUAACCCGCCGUUAGUCGUGUAUUAAAGUGCACGGCGACCCGUGUUUGGGUUUUCACCGCGGUUUCCUUCCGAUUGUUAAGUUUUGAUGUCAACCAAGUCUUGCAUGACUUUGAGAAAUAAGAAUAAAAUAAUAGUGAGUGAUGAAUUGAAAAGAGCAGCUUUGCCUACUUGGCCAUCCAGUGUGUAAAAUAUUUUUUUAAUGACCAAAAAAAAAAAAAAAGGGUUUGUCGAUUAAAGAGAACAAAAAUAAAUGUUACUGGGGGAGGGGAAGGUUGAUUUUUACUGAUGAUUCAAUCCCUGUAUUUCUAUUACUCGUCUGGAAGAAAUGUUUAUUCAGGUGAUACAAAUGAUGUUUUUAUGUCUCAACAUGUACAAAUAAAUUGCUUGAUUUUA